AUGAUGAAUGUAAUUGAUGUAGACGAGCCUAAGGUUGGGAUGAUGUUCGAAAGUUAUAAACAGUUGCUUGAGUAUUACACGGGUUAUGGUAAGCGGUUAGGGUUCCCAGUGAAGAUAAGAUCAUCAACAAAAAGGGAUGAUGGUGAGUUGAAAUACGUGACUAUUGUUUGUUCUCGAUCAGGCAAGUCAAAGUCCACUUCAAAAAAUCCAUUGAAGCCGCAUCCAAGCAUAAAAGUAGGUUGUAAGGCUAAGGAUUGUCGACCGAGUGAAAGCGAUGUCAUUGGGCUUGUUGAUGGUCAACCCAUGAGUGAAGCGAUUGAUAUACUUGGAACACAAGAAAAAUAUUGGGAUGACAGUGCAGAAAAGAGGAAGAUCGUCUAG